AUGGAAUCGGGUAGCGCUAGUCCAUCGUCUCCAGAACCUAUAGUCAUAGAUGAGGGACCUGAAAAGCCACCGAGCAUACUAGCGCCUCGGAAGGGCGUAGAUCUCGUUCUAGAAGCCAACGAUGACUGGAAAAUCCAAGAAAUCGGAUUCGACGGCGUCGAAAAGUAUCUGAAACCCGAGACGUUCACAGACCAAGUCGGAAAAUUGGCUAGAAGAGUUGAAUGGAUGAAAUUGGUUGGAUCGAGUACUCCGUAUGAGAAUGCGAAGAUUGAUCAGACAGAAGAGCUGGACGAUGAAGGCGUGCCGAGUAGAAAAGGGGAGAAAGGAGGAACCAACGUGGAAUUAGUGACUCCAGAAGCCGGACCAUGGAGUUCAGUGGCGAAAUAUUUACACGAAUCGCUAAGCCAGCUAAACGUUCUUCUCGAUGACCUAUCCGUAAUGAAAAAUACCGAUUACAUGAAGGCGUUGACCGUGUUGGACCCGAUUACGAUAGCCGAGCCGACACCAGAGCACAUUCAGACGAUGCGCGGAACCCAGUGGAUAUGGAAGCGUCGCGCGUUGCAAGAAGCCGUUCAGGUGCUGGAUAUUGCGCAGAAGCAGAGGCAACAGGCGCUGCGGAAUUUGGGAUUGUCGGUGGAUUAUAUUGCGCACCUGCAGAGGACCAAGUUUUUCGAAGAGCUCAAAGAGAUGCGCGAGAUUUGGCGAGUCCGAAAAACCGGCGACUACGUCUAUGGUGAUCUCUCCUAUCACAUUUUCGGCUGGAAAUACGACACACCGAACCUUUUCGACAUUUCGCGACGAAGUCUUUCAAACAAAUUCGAGACUUCCGAUCUAUCGAUCAUCGAGGUUUCCGUGCCGAAAGAUCUGGCUAGGAGGAGCAUGUUGGUUGUGAAAAUUGUCAAGGAUGAUAUCGAAUCGGGAGAUUUGUUCCGUGAUCCGAAGAGCAACGACUACGCGUACUCUUACAAGGAGGUGGAUGCGGAGAAGGUGAAGGCGUUGCACUGGAAGGAUUCGUUGAAAUGGGCACAAAACACAUUAUUGUUAAGAGACACCUUCAAUACCCUAUGCAAAGACGCUAUCAAGCUGCGAAAUCGGCUCUCUAUCAUUCGUGAUAAUGUACUUUUAAUUCGCCUUUUCGACGACUAUCUCUUACGCUUUGAGCUCCAAUGGUUCCCAUUCGAAGCAGGACAAAUCCACGAGGAGGGAGAUAUCUAUCUGAAUCGAGUUCUUAGAGAAAUGAUCAUCGGCUUUGAGUGCACCAAAUUCGUUCGGCCCCAGUUCUUCUGUUCGAUGCCUAUAACUCAUUUACCGGAAAGUCUAGAUUUGAGAGGUUGUGGAGGUUUCGAUGCGAGACAAAUCGCCGAUCGUGCCGUUACACCUCGUUCCAUUCUGGACAGAAUGCUCGACAUGGCCGCCCAUCGUGCGUUGGUCAAUAUGAUGACUGAGGUCGCUGAGCUGAUGUGCGGAUCGUCUGUGGAUCCGACUAUUCAGUAUAAAUGGCUGCAUUGUGGUCGGAACUAUUCGAAAAUGAUGUUUCAAGUGGUGUCGAAGGAUUAUGAUUUGUAUUUGUCAGGUCACAGAAUGCAUCACACGUUCUUCGCGAGCGUCUCCAGUGACGGUAUCACUAUCGAAACGAAAGACGGCAUGCUCAUCAAAUGCGAUCGAGACUCGGCUCGUGUGCUGUACGCUUGUCAGUACUGUGUGUGCAUCUACCAGGUGUCAAUGUUCGCAAUGGUUUGUCGCAAUCAAUGGAUCACGCCGUUCCAAACGUUGUACUCGAACGUCUACGCUCUUGAUGAUAAGGGCAAUCCGGCGCCGAACAUUUUGCUGUGCAAUCAGGCGGCCACUCGAUCGAUUUUGUUCAAAUUUCAUGUGGGAAGAGAUCCGGAGAUCCUGGUGCGGCGAUUUGUGGUGAACGAGAAGACUGCGAAGCCGGAGGAGCAUCCGUGGAAGAAGCUGUCGUAUCGAAAACUCUACGGAGCCACAUUCUGCAAGAAAGUCGACGCGUUGCUCUCGUUUUUGAGAGACUGUUGA